AUGCAGUGGUCGUCUCCAGAGUCAUUGGCAUCAUUGCCGACACAGGUGUACAUUUAUAACCAAUCUCAGCUUCUCAAAUCAUUAAAUACAGUGAACUCCACUGUCUAUAUCCCACCUACGACUGAGGGCGGGCACAGCCAGCCCAUGAUCAUCCCAACGGCGGAGCUCAAGGAGCAAGAGGUGAUGGAAUACGUGGCGCCUGUGUGGGAUGAUACAGAGAGAGUCUUUCAGGGCUUCUUGCGCUCCACAUAUCCGUUCUUUGAUAUGGAGUCGUGGUAA